GCUAGUCAUGAGCAAUUUUCGUAAUUUUGGGGGAAACCAACCAGAUGGUGAGGAAGGAAAGGAGCCAGUCAAGAUUUUGUACAGACAGAUCUGUAGUAAGAGGAAGUUUAAGAGGGGUAAAACUACCCAAAGUGAUUCAGAGUCCCAAGAUGAGCAUUCUGAUCAUGAUAUUAACAUGUACACAGUGGUCAUUGAUUCAAAUUACCCGUAUAAUUUAAAACACCUUCGCGAAAUGCAAGAUUCUUCAAAAUUUGUUUGCGGUAUUAAGGUAAUUGAUAGUUCCCUCUACAAAGAAGGCGCGAGAAGGAACAGUCCAAAAUUCGCAACUGUAGUGGUGAUCGGAGACAGAAUGGAAGACAUGCCUGUCACUAGGAAGAUCGGAGAUAUUCUUCGUAUUCAAAAAGCAACCCAAAAGGUCACUGAUACAGGCGAAGUCAGAUACCUUGUUGAUGAGAGAUCUAAUUGGUGCCUCUUCAGCACAGAAAAUACUGAGAAUGAAGACAAGACUAAGAACGAGUUGAUUCAAUUAGACGACCUGGAAUUUGAUGAAGAGAGGGAGGAUGAGACCCAACAAAACCCUCUUCUCAAUAUCAAGAGGUUCUAUAUGCCUUAUAAAUAUUCUGGAAAGAUCUUUAACUUCACAGAAAAUGAGGAGAAAUAAGGUCAAUUCCAUGCGUAAUUGGUGCUCAGAAUUCUUCGCAAAAUCCACUAUCCCUGAGAACUUGCUGAGCAACAUCAAGUGUGAAUCAAAAGAGAAGAACCUUCUUUGUAAAGUCAUGAAAGUUUACGAGCACGAGGAAGAAGAAAACUCUGGAAAUGAGACAUAUAGUGUUAGGCUUAAGGAUAAGAACAACAUUCUAUGGAAGAUGAAAGUUGAUAGAAUCAAGUACCCAGAACUCAGAAAGGAUGAUAUUAUUAGAAUCAAAUCAGCCAAGGGUUCUAUUAUUGACAAAGAGAACGUACUUGAAUCCCAACCUCAUACUAAUAUCAUGAAAUUUAUGGAGGAUUCUCUUAUCGUCAAGAACUUGGCCAAGAAAAUACAAGAUACAGGUUUGGACGUUGUGAUCAGAGAUAAAGAGGAACCUCUGAAGCCAUUAUUUGUAACAAAUAAUGAAAUUAACCCUUGGAGCCACUUGGAAGUAAGCUCCCUCCUUGAUUUGUUUUUUCCAAAAGAAGAAUCUAAAGCGGGAAUUUCGUCAAAAGAAAACACUAUUCAGAAUGAGUCGAAGAGGAAUAAGAAGAAUGUUUAUGAUAGAACCUUUGAUUCUGAAGAUCCUGGAGAUAAGCUCGGGCCAAGAUACCUCUUGGAGUUUGAUGUCCUUGCUUAUUUCCCUCAGAACAUUAAAGAAUUUGUUCAAGGAUUAUGAACCUCUUGCAAAAUGACAUAUUCUCUGGAAAAAGUUCCUGACUACGACAAAAGACGUAAGAUCUACAAUCCUUGUCCCAAGUGUAAAGACCAAGAGCUAGAAUUGAUCUAUGCUAUUAAGUUCUUAAUCAAGGAUGAAAGAACAAUGAACAACCAGUUUGCUUAUCCCUUGUAUCUCUAUAGCCAUAAAGAGUUCAACAUCGGCAGCUUCUUUAGCAGCGUAGAGCCUGUAAAUCUAUACAACGAUGAUGAGGCACAUCAAAGAAUCUGUAGCUACAUGGACAUAUUGACCAAAUUCAACAUCAAAUGUAGAGGUGCUGUUGUUAAGAACAAAGGAAAUCUCAUGUUAGUCGAUACUCAGUUGACCGAUCUCUUUAAUGAAUAAGGUUCAAUAAUUUCCACUACAACAGCCCCAUCUCCAAAAUUUAAA